CUUUACAGAUCACAUACAAAGGUGAAAUUAUUGAAAAGUUGAAAGAUGAACAUUACAAGUUACUUGAAUUGGAAAAUAUUGGUAUUGUUCCAUCUGACACCCCAAUAGUUUAUCGUACUAGAACCGAACAAUAA